UUUUAAUAAUACACCAUUUCUUGCAUGCCAAUCCCCACUCUCACUAAACAAACACAUCUCUCUUUGACUCUUUCUAUAUAUAGUAUUAAUACAAUUAGUUUGAUGAUAUGAUAUCCAAUCCAUCCCAAAUCACAUGACAAUCUUCUCACCAAACUCAGUCAGAUUCAUCGAAGACGCCCUCUUCUGCUCCGACCCGUUCGCCCUAUCCUACUCCGACCCGGACCAGAAAUGGAUCAUCCGGCAACACCUCCUCUCCCUCCUCCAAGACUUCCCUUCCCUCCGCCCCUCCGUCUCCCUCUUCACCCACAACGACGGCACCGCCGUCACCCUCCUCCUCGCCUCCGGCCACCUCCCCCUCUCCCCGCCCGUGCCCCUCUCCAUCUGGGUCCACGAGCUCUACCCCCACGCCCCGCCCCUCGUCUUCAUCACCGCCCCCAUCCCAGCCCCCCACCCCUUCACCGAUCCCACCUCCGGCGCCACCACCUCCGCCUACACCGCCACCUGGCACUUCUCCAAGUCCAGCCUGGCAGGCCUGGCCCACAACCUCACCAGGCUGUUCUGCCACAACCACCCACUCUGCUUGCCGACCAGCAAAGCAGGUGGGCCUAACAGAUGGGCCCACCCAUCACUGGCCUCCAGGAUGGAGGCCAGUGACAGGCUGACCUGCUCACUCUACUACGAUUCAACAGCGAUCGUGGAUAGAGUGAGGCAGGAGAUAAAGGAGUUGGCGGCGGUUCAGGCGGCGCUGAGGGAGAGGAGCGAGGGUCUGGCGAUGGCGGUGAGGCGGUUGGAGGGGGAGCGGAGGGGGCUGAAGUCGAGGUCGGAUGAGAUGUGUGGAGAAGUUGAUAGAUUGCAGAACUGGCUGAGGGUGAAUGGGGCGGGCAGCGCUGCCGUGGAUGAUGCGUUUGAAGUGGCGGAUGGGUGGUCGGAGACGGCGAUUGAGGUUUUGGCGGCGGAUUUGGCGGUGGAGGAUUUGAUGUAUAAAUUGGAGGGGGUGGUUGAGGCAGGAGUUGUGAGUUUGGAUGUUUAUUUGAAGCAGGUUAGAGUCUUGGCGAGGGAGCAGUUUUGUCAUAGAUUUAAAAUCACCAAGAUUUCAACUACUUUCCAAUUGUAACUCUUACUACAAUAAUUUAAUUUAAAUUUUAUGUGUUUUCUAUACAAAAAAAGAGCAUACACAAUAUAAAUAAAUAUUCUUAUCGUCAAA